AUGCCGACCGAACUCGAAGAGCUGGUGGAAUUCCUCCACCACGGAAACACCCAGAUCAGACAAAUCGCUGCCGAAAACCUCGUCGGAUUCUCCACCGCGCAGCCUGACCUGUUCAAGCGCGAUCAAUUACUCCCCAUCCGCGACCUGAAGCUUCUUGCCCGGGAUUACACUCCAAUUGCGAAAAAUGCAUUGACAAUGCUGGUCAACUUGUCCGGCGACGAAGAAGUGUUGAAGGUUCUUGCCGAGGAUGACCAAUUCAUCGAGACCCUGCUCUUGAAGUUGACCAGUGUCAAGGAUCCCAACGUCGACGAAGUCGCCAUGCUGCUGGCCAACCUGGUCAAGUCCGACGUCCUCCAAAAACUGUUCGAGCUGAAGCGCAAGGUCCCCGAGGCUGUAUCGACCUCUGAGAAUGCCAUUGACCAGAUUAUGGACUGUUUCGUCAAGGGUGCCGAGGGUGGUCUUAACAAAAACGCCAACUACGAUUACUUGUCAUACGUAUUCGCCGAUCUGUCCCAGACCGAGAAAGGUCGGGCGUAUUUCACAGAGCGCCAGGAGUACGACGGCGUCGUGCCCAUCACCAAGUUGACCGUCUUCACCGAGCACAAGAGUAACAUCCGCCGAAAGGGUGUAGCAUCCACAAUCAAGAACGUGGCCUUCGACAUUGCCUCGCACCCCAUGCUCUUCGACGAGGACGCUGUCAACCUCCUGCCUUACCUGCUCCUCCCUCUUGCCGGACCGGAGGAAUUCUCUGAUGAGGACAGUAUGGACAUGCUGCCCGAUCUUCAGCUUCUGCCCCCUGACAAACAGCGCGACAGCGACAACACCAUCGUCACUACCCACCUUGAAACAUUGCUCCUCAUGACUACCUCUCGGGAAGGUCGGGAUAAGAUGCGUGCUGUCAAGGUCUACCCUCUGAUCCGUGAGACACAUUUGAAUGUCCAGGAUGAGAAUGUGCAAGAGGCCUGCGACCGAUUAGUGCAGGUUCUCAUGCGUGACGAGGAAGGUGAAGGCCAAGAGCCCGAGCAGCCUCAAUUGGAGCCUGCUAAAAACGAGGAUGACCAGGUAGUAGAACUGUUUUAG